CUUCCUCCACCUCUGUGGCAGCGGGUGUGCGGGGCCAGGAUCAGCGGUGGGUGAAACCCCCUCCUCCCCUCCCGGGGGCGGGGGCUGCCCUGUGGGGAGACGGGAGAACGUCCGCGGUUGCAGGGCGAGGGCGACGUUUCCAUCGAGCACCAGAAUUUGUGAACACCUUUCACCAUCAUGGCUGAUGGUGCCGGCAGGGCAGAGGGUGCAGUGAUCUCCACAUCAAGGAAAUGCACAGAUCAAGAGAUUACAAUCUCGGAGCUCCUGGCACAAUGGGACGAUCACCAACUAUUCCAGUUGAUGAAAUUCUACCGGGAGAGAUUGAAACAGGCCAUUGAAGGAGAGGUUGAAGGUCUCAGUUGUAUGUUAAGGAAGGAGGAACAUUUCAAUGGACAAGAGCAUGAGAACAUCAUUGACCUCGCACAGAAGGGGAAGCAGACAGACAGUUCCAUACUCUUCCUCAAUCUGGUGUCAGGGAAAGGUUCCCGGGCCCGGAGGGUGAUGUGGCAAUCAUUCGUGAAGAUGCGAAAUGUGUUACCAAAGCUGGACACAAUACUGAAAGAAAUCCAGGAAUUCGGUUCUGAUCAAUUUGCAAACAUGAACAUGGCCCGAACUUCAUUUGAAUUACCUACUCAAUUGAAAGAUGUUCAACAGAAACACAAGGUUACUCUGCGGACACAGACUGAAGCACUGAGAGUGAACACGAUCCUGAUGAGGGAGAAGGUGAAGGUUUUUCAGCUGGUUGAUCGAUACGCUGAGCUCACGGUCAUUUCCACUGUUCGAAAUCGGAGACUCGUGGAACAUGAGCUGCUGGCAAGAGGCCGAGACCAUGAGGAGUGGAGAGAGAAACAUCUCCGGAGAGACCUGGAAAAAAUCCGGACUGAUCAAUUGUUCCAGAGAAGCUUCUCUCAGAGUAAAUUUAAAUCUGGGAAUUCGGCAGCAGUGGCCGGAGUCCCAGGGAUCGGGAAAACAACUAUGGUGCAAAAGAUUGUUUAUGACUGGGCAGUGGGGAAAAUAUACCAGCACUUCCAGUUUGUCUUCAGUUUCAAAUUCCGGGAGUUGAACACCAUUAACUGUAGAAUAAACCUGAGGGAACUGAUUCUGCAUCAGUAUCCUUACUUUGAGAAUAUCUUGAGAGAGGUCUGGAAGAACCCAGAGGGAUUGCUGUUUAUAUUCGAUGGUUUGGAUGAAUUCAAGCACAGAAUUGAUUUUGCUGACAGUCGGAGAGACACAGAACCUCAGCACAUGUGCCCAGAUCCCGAGUGGUGGUGUGAAGUGUCUGACAUUGUGUACAGUUUAAUCCAGCACAAGCUGCUCCCAGGGUGUUCAGUGCUGGUGACCACCCGCCCCACUGCGUUAGAUUUAUUGGAAAAGGCGGAGAUCAGUGUCUGGGCUGAAAUCCUGGGAUUUGUUGGUGAGGAACGGAAGAAAUAUUUCUACAGGUUUUUUGAAGAUCAGACGGUGGCAGCAGCUGUUUUCAAACACGUGGAGGAGAACGAGAUCCUGUACACCAUGAGCUACAACCCCUCUUACUGCUGGAUCAUCAGUCUGUCACUCGGCCCCUUCUUCACCAAAAAAAACAGGGAUCCGCAGCAAGUUCCCAAGACCAUCACCCAACUAUAUUCCUACUAUGUUUACAACAUCCUGAAAAACCACGGCCGUGAGAUUGAAAGCCCCCGUGAUGUGUUACUGAGGGUUGGUCAGAUGGCCUACACAGGAGUGUCCGAGAAGAAUAUUAUUUUUAACGAUGAAGAUUUGAUCAAGUUCAAUCUUCAGUCUUCCCAGUUCCUAUCUGCGUUUCUUAUGGAACUUUUAGAGAAGGAGGAUUCAGCGCAGGGCUACGUGUACACAUUCACACACCUCACCAUCCAAGAGUUUGUCGCCGCACUUGCACAAUUCCUGAAUCCAGAUCCUGAGAUUAUCCUGAAACUCCUCACUGAAACCCAGAGCAUGGAUGGGCGAUUUGAGGUUUUUCUCCGUUUUAUUGCUGGUCUCUCAUUCCCAGGGUCAGCUAGGCCCCUGGAGGAGUUUCUGGGUCCAUUUCCUCAUCAAACAACCUGCGGAGUGAUUGACUGGGUGAAGGAGGAGGUCAAACUCCAGAUUGGAAAAGGAACUAAAAGGAGGCUCCUGAACACAUUGCACUACCUGUUUGAGUCUCAGAACCGUGGACUGGCUCAGACCACACUGGGAUCUGUGGAGACACUUUCUUUUUGUGGAUUGCGACUGACACCAAUUGACUGUGCCGUCCUGUCUCAUGUCAUCGGUCUAUGUGACACAAUUAAACACCUUGAUCUGCAGAGCUGUUAUAUUCAGUGUGAAGGACUCCAGCGACUGACACCUGGGCUGCACAAGUGCCAGGAAUUGGGCCUGAGGAAGAAUGAACUGGGAGAUUCAGGAAUGAAACUGGUGACUGCAGCUCUGAAAAACCCGGACUGUAAAAUACAGAAACUGUGGCUGGAUAGUAAUGGACUCACAGCUUCUUGUGCUGACGAUCUCACCUCUGCCCUCAAUAUGAACUGCUCGCUGACAGAGCUGUCCCUGAGUGGCAAUGAACUGCAAGAUUCGGGACUGAAAUCACUGUCAGGGGCUCUGAGGAAUCCGAACUGUAAAAUACAACAUCUGUGUCUUUGGGCUACUGGUCUCACAGCCUCUUGUGCCGAAGAUCUCUCGUCCAUUCUCAAGACAAACUGCACUUUGACACGCCUGCACUUGAGUGAAAAUCACAUGGGAGAUUCAGGAGUGAAGCUGCUGUCCUCGGCUCUGAAGAACGCAGUCUGUCAACUGCAGGAUCUUCGACUAUGGCGUGUUGGUCUCACGGAUUCUUGCACCGAGGAUCUUGUCUCCGGUCUCAGUGCAAACAGCUCACUGACAAGUCUGGACCUGAGAUCAAAUUCCUUCACAGACCAGUCUGCCCCCGCUCUCUGCCGCCUCAUAUGGAUCCUCCCGAAUCUGGAACGAAUCGGGUUGGAGGAAAAUCAGUUCACUUCAACUAGGAGGAAGGAAUUGGAGUCUCUGCAAGAAUCCAGACCUGGACUGCGGGUGAUGGUGUGAAUAUCUCAUUAUGGAGACCUCGAGCACCGAUAACAAAACCGAAAUACUCGACGAUCUUGGUCUUAGUCAGUUCCUUUAUUUGUGCCGUCAGAUGCCGAUAUUUGUUCCUUUUUUCGGCCCAGGCUCUUGAGGUUGAUUGAUUGUUAUCUUCGUAACGAAUGGUAACAUCAACCACAGCUGCUCGAUCACCUUUAACCAGAAUAAUAUCUGGUUUCCAUAGCAAGCCGUCUUCACUCCUCAAAUGCGGUUCCAUAUAAGGAACCCACUGAUAUUGUUCCGCCUUCGACCGUAGUCUUUCGAGGAUCUUGUUAUGUCUUUUUAUGCGAAUGUUCUUGACCGCCAGACAUCGCCCGGAGAUAUGAGCCAGAGUCUCAUUGGCUAUCCCACAUCUCCGACAGGUCUUCACUGCCUCGGGGUUACCCCUUCCACGUGUACAUCUUGUGGGGUAUUGGCCACAUCUUAACAGUAAUGCAUUUACAACCUGGUACCCCUUCCAGGCGGUAUGCCUCCUCAACCAUCCAUUCGAAAUCUUAUCAUUUUUAAAUUCUUUUAUGCCAGAACCUUGAUAUAACUGCGCUGCCCAGCGCACAAAUUCAGCAGACCUCCAGUCAAUGUUAAAAUUGGCGACUCGCCCCUCUCCAUCGUCCAAUUGUAUUCCCCUCUCUGCCAUAUAUCCAAUAAAACUCUCGGAGAGAGGUUGCAAAAUGACGUUAUCUGAUAUAUCGCACUCUUUAAACACUGCCAGUCCUUUUAAUUUUUCAAUGACAGCACUGUUGUCCUCGCCUGCCCAUUCGAAAGAGUGUUUAAUAACCACAUCUUCAGAUCGUUCCAAGGACUGGCGCUUGCGUAUAAUCGCCACUGGGAUCUGCACUUCAAGUCUCGGCAGGCACAAUCCUCCAUCUCUAGAUCUAGAAUACAAUAACCCAUUAGUAGUAUCAUUGGGGAGAUGGAGAAUUUCUUUAGCUGUUGUCUAAGGUUAAUUAGGUGCCUUUUUCGCGGUUUAACGUGUCGCGUCCACAGAUGUUUCCGACAACGAGAUCGGGUCCCACCCUAAUUAUAAGGGAACUAAACCGCCUAGAUGGAAGGCAGUUAUAUUUGUCAGCGGCAAGAAUUUAAAUGCCGAAAUAAGGAUUGUUCACCCAUCAAUUGAAACGGAGCUUUACAAUAUAGACCGCGCUAGCUACCUGACUAUAAGGCCAAGCGCAUGGGGCGCGGGGGCAAGGUUCUUUCGAACUUUAUUUCAAUUUCAAAUGGGGUACAAGCACAUAUACAAAUAAUUACAUAUAUACAAAGUAUAUAUCAAUAAUCCAUGAACACUUGCAAGAGAUCAAUAGUUAAUCGUAUCGCAAGGCUACAAGUGUCUUCCGCAAAUGUCUUAUAUUUCUGAAUACCCAGAAAGCUGAACAAGGUGUUAUUGUCCUUCUCCCAUAGACCUCGAGCACCGAUAACAAAACCGAAAUACUCGACGAUCUUGAAAAAUCGUUAAUGUACAAGGUAAAAAGGAGCAGUCCCAACACUGACCCCUGCAGCACACCACUAGUAACCGGUAACCAACCAGAACGAGAUCCUUUUAUUUCCACUCUUUGCUUCCUGUCAACCAGCCAAUGCGCCACCCAUUAUGUUAUCCUACCCGUAAUUCCAUGUCCUCUCAUCUUAUUAAUCAGUCUCUUGUGAGGCACAUUAUCAAAGGCCUUUUGAAAGUCUAAAUACACAACAUCUACUGCCUCUCCCUUAUCCACCCUACCUGUGAUUUCUUCAAAAAACUCCAAUAGGUUGGUCAGGCAGGAUCUUCCCUUCACAAAACCAUGUUGGCUAGGACCUAUCUUGUCUUGCGCCUCUAGGUAUUCCGUAACCCCAUCCUUGAGGAUAGAUUCCAAUAACUUUCCCACUACUGACGUCAGACUAAUAGGUCUGUAAUUUCCUUUAUGCUGCCUCCCACCUUUCUUAUACAACGGAACUACAUUUGCGACCCUCCAGUCCUCUGGAACCAUGCCGGAAUCUAUCGAUUUCUGGAAAAUUAUCGCCAAUGCCUCCGCUAUCUCUAAAGCCACCAACUUCAGAACCCGGGGAUGCACCUCAUCCGGUCCGGGAGACUUAUCAGUCUUUAGCCCAUUUAGUUUUCCUAGCACCUUCUCCCUAGUAAUCUUAACUGAGCUCAGUUCCAUUUCGUGAGACUCCUGACUAACUGGCACAUCGCUGAUGUCCUUCACAGUGAAGACCGAGGCAAAAUAUUCAUUCAAUUCCUCUGCCAUCUCUCUAUCGUCCAUUAUAAUAGCUCCUGCACCGUUAUCAAUUGGUCCUAUAUCAACCCGUGUCUCUCUUUUACACCUUAUGUAUUUAAAAAAAACUCUUAGUAUCCUUCCGAAUGUUAUCCGCCAACUUCCUUUCAUAAUUCAUCUUUUCUUUCCUAAUGACCUUCUUAGUUUCUCUCCGCAGGUUUUUAAAAGCUUCCCAGUCUUCUGUUUUCCCACUAAUUUUUGCUUCUUUGUACGCGGCCCCUUUUUCUUUUAUUUUAGCCUCCACCGCUCUCGUUAUCCACAUUUGUGUCUUUUUUCCAUUCAAGACCUUUUUUCUUGGAAUAUAUCUAUCCUGCAUUUUCCUUAUUUCCUGUAGAAAUUCCUUCCAUUUCUCCUCCGCCGUCCCUCCAGCCAGCUUACUCUUCCAAUCAAUUUGGGCCAACUCCUCUCUCAUACCAUUGUAAUUUCCUUUGUUCCCCUGAAAUAUCGAUACACCAGUUAUCAGCUUCUCCUUCUCAAACUUGAAACUGAACUCAAUCAUAUUGUGAUGACUGGUUCCCAGUGGUUCCUUUACCUUUAGUUCCCUAAUCACCUCCGGUUCAUUGCACAGCACCCAAUCCAAAACAGCCGAUCCCCUGGUGGGCUCUUCAACAAGUUGCUCUAGAAAAACGUCCCUAAGACAUUCCACAAACUCACUCUCCUGAGUUCUACUGCCUUGCUGGAUUUCCCAGUCCACCUUCAUGUUAAAAUCUCCCAUAAUUAUCUUCACAUUGUCACUCUGGCAUGCUUUUUCUAUCUCAACCUGCAACUUAUCGUCCACUUGCUGACUGCUAUUAGGGGGCCUAUAUAUGACUGCUACCAUUGUCCUUUUACCCUUGCUAUUUCUUAGCUCCACCCAUAAGAAUUCCACCUCCUCUGACCCAAUAUCCUUCCUUUCUAUUGAUUUUAUAUCACUACUAACCAUCAUGGCCACACCUCCCCCUCUGCCUACCCGCCCAUCCUUCCAAUACACUGUGUACCCCUGGACAUUCAGUUCCCAAUCACAUCCAUCAUAAAGUCAUGACACGGUGAUUUCCACAAUGUCGUAUUUAUUAACCUGCAGUUGUGCCACUAGGUCAUCUACUUUAUUCCUAAUGCUAUGUGCAUUUAAAUAUAGUACGUUUAGUCCGAUAUCUGCUAUUGAUUUUGUUGUACUUCUAUUGUUCAGCAGAUUAUCGUGACUUUCCACCUGUCUAUCCUUCUUACCAUCUUCACUACAUACUAUCUUAGACAUGUUCCUAUAUACCUCAUCCUCUAUCCUAACAUUCUGUAUCCUAACAUCCUGAUUUGUUGUGCUUCUGUUAUUCAGCAAAUUAUUCUGACUUCUCACCUGCCUGUCGUUCUUGCCAUCCUCAUUGGACUUUUUUCUAUAAACUUCCUCCCUUACCUUAGCAUCUUCUAACCUAACAUCCUGGUUUCCAUCCACCUGCCAGAACAGUUUAAACCCUCCCCUACAACUAAAUUAAACAUUCCCGCCAAGAUAUUGGAACCUUUGGAGUUUAGGUGCAACCCAUCCUUAGCGAAUAGGUCAUGUCUCCCCCAAAAAAUGUCCCAAUUAUCCAAAAAUCUGAAGCCCUGCCCCCUGCACCAGUCACUCAGCCACGCAUUCAUCUGCCAGAGCUUUCUAUUCUUCCUAUCAUUGACACAUGGCACAGGUAGUAAUCCUGAGAUUACUACCCUUGAGGUCCUACUUCUCAACCUUCUCCCCAAUGCCUUGUAUUCCUCCUUCAGGACCUCUUCUCUUCUCUUUUUCUACCUAUGUCAUUGGUACCUACAUGCACCAAGGCUUCUGGCUGCUCACCCUCUCCCCUCAGAAUAUUCUGGACCCGGUCCGUGAUAUCCCAUACCCUGGCACCAGAGAGGCAACACACCAUCCGAGACUCAUUGUCGGUAUCGCAGAAUCUGCUAUCCGUACCCCUUACUAUAGAAUCCCCAAUAACCACUGCAUUUUGCUUCCUCCGCUGGACCACAGUACCAGGCAUGGUGCCAAGGUCCCGGUUGCUGAGGUCUUCCUCUAUCAGGUCAUCCUCUCCAACCGAAUCUAAAAUGAGAUAUCGGUUUUUGAGGGGGACCGCCACAGAGGUGCUGUCUACAAACUCUUUAUAACUCCUGUCUAUUUCCUGCUCGCUCUCCCUAACCAACCGAAGGUCAUCGAGCUGCUGCUCCAGACUCUCGAUCCGUUCCUUGAGGAGCCACAUCACGGUGCACUUUGCGCAGAUGUAGUUAUCGGGGAGUCUGGUAGUCUCCGAGGGUCCCCACAUCUGACACUCCCAACAUAAGACCAACCCUAGAUGCAUAUUGCUGAAUACCACUGAGUUCAACAAAUAAACUAAUAACUUACCCCCUCUCUAUUAGUCUCGCCUCUUUCCCGUUCUCGCCGAAGCCCGUUGAGCCAAAGCCUAACCCACUCUGCUCCCUCUCACUCAGCUGCCCGCUGGAUAUGAUGGUCUGCUAUUUAAAUCGCCUGCGCGCUUCCGAGUGAUGUCACGCGCCUUUUCAGUCAUGCGCCGCUAUCCCGAACGCUAGAAAGAAAAAAAACUCGCUCCUCGUUAAUUUCCGGCACUCUCUGGUCGCUGGAAGUCCUACUGUGUGGCCCUGAUGGAAAUCACAGACAGAAGAACUCAACGAGGCCUAACUCUGGGCCAUACAAGAUUACUUUCAAAUGUAUCCAGUAUCCUUGGGUUUAAAAGAAAACAAAGUUGUGACUCAUGCAAGGUCUUUACCUGAAACGCCGACGAUUCCUUUGGCUCUACAGAUACUGGCUGAACUGCUGAUUUCCUCCAGCAUUUGUUUUCUGCUCCCAGCAUCUGCACUCUCAUCUCUCCAUCCCUGGGGCUAAGCUGACUUCGUGAACAUAAUCCUUUCUACCAAGUUUCUGAGGUUGUUGCGGCUGGAAUUUUUACUCCAGUACAUUCAGAAGCUUUAAAAUGUAACACACUUAGUUUGUUAACUUCUCUAUUCUUGAUUCUCGAUUAUUCUGCCCAUUCUGUAGUGAGUUUGAGCUUUAAUUUUGUAUUAAAUAAAUAUUAGAUAUUCAUGUUAACCAUUUCUGAAUGUGUCCAGAAAGUGGUGAAGCACAGUGUUAUCAGGCUGGUUACACAUUCUUUUCAAAACAUUACUUCUGUUUUAUUAUGUUACGGACUCAGUGAAUGUCCAUUUAAGAUGGGGUGUGUGUGUGGGGGGUGGGGGGGGGGGCGUGCUUAUGUCAAUAGAAGAUAAAGGAUGUAAUGAUGUUGUUGAAGAGGUCAGUCGAAGAGAGAGAGAGAAGGGAGAGAGACACCAGCCUGCUAGGUUUCUCUAUCGAUUGAUGAGAAACAAUAACUAUGUCUGCCACUGAAAUCCAUGUAUGGAAAUUGGAAGUAAUCCGGUGGAGUUCACUUUGUUGCUGACCUGUAGAAGGAAACAGGUAUUUGUGUGGACAACCACGAUUCGGAUGCUUUUCGGGGUGAGGAAGUCACUACCGAGUAAACACUGAGGUGUCGUUUGGGUUCCAUCGUGGAACAUUUGCAUUUCGUAAUUACUCUCCCUAUGUUCUCUAAAUCUACGUUUUAUCUUCAGUCAACGGUGGUUGUUGAAGAAGCCUUUGCUCAUCUUUCACCUUAUGGCUUGUGGAACUGAACUUUAAGAACCAUUCCUGGACUUGGAUUGUGGGACUUUGCCACACACGCGCGCGCGCGCGCACACACACACACACACACACACACACGCACGAAGAGUUUAGUUUUUGGGGUUAAUGUUCAAGGUGUAAUGUUUUUGAAUUUCUAACAUACUAACAUUUUUACUUUUAUUUUUUGUAUUAUUAUAAGUAGUGAUUAAUAAAAUAGUUUUUAACACUGAA